AUGUUCAAGGCUGUUGUGGGAGUGAAGGAGUGGAAGAACAAGUACUCCAAACUAGCCCUGAAAGAAGCCCACAGCACUCCCCCAGAGCUGCAAGGCCCGGUCCAGACAGGACUCUCCACCCUCCUGGAGCGCGGCUGCUUGUUCCGGGACCUGGUCCAGAUGAAAGGUAAAGACAUGUUCACACCAGUGUCCUGUGUUCUCAUUGGAGCUCCGGGACACACCUACAAAUACCUGAACACCAGGCUCUUCAACAUCCCCCUGGCCUGCUUCUGGGCAGGGGUCAGGUACUGUGACGAUGAGGUGGCCAGGGCCUGCCAGGCUGUGAAAGACUUCAACGACUACCUGUGCGUGGAAGCAGAGAGAUGUCUGACACGGCGUGAAGGAGCGCAGAGCACAGCGGAGACAACCGCAAGUGUCACGAGGGAAAAGGAAAGAGAAGCGAAUAACAGAACUGUGUUUAACGUGACACUGCUGAAUUACAUGGACCGCGCUGGAAUGAGCUACUUGAAAGAGGAGCCGUAAUUUGGCAUGGGGAGGACGGCGGUGAGCUGGCAUCACGAUGAGAACCUGGUGGAUCGCUCGCCGGUGGCGGUGUGAAGCUACAGCUAUAAAGGUAACUCAGACGCAGAGAGCUGCUCCACGGAAGGGGAUGAGAAGCCAGUGUCUGGGCGGGACUGCACUGUGUGGCAUGUUGCUCUGAAGGUGACCUGGGACGUCCACACUGCCGGCCCGGCACUGCCCCAUCACUCUGGGGACUGCUACUUCAUGCUCAAUGAUCUGAAUAUGACCCACCAGCACUGCGUCCACGCUGGGGCGUGUCCCCGAUUCAGCUCCACACACCGCGUGGCAGAGGUGGUGUUUGAAUGGCUCAGGCAGUACUGGUUUCAAGGCCGGUGCUACGCAAAGAUCAGCGACUGGUGGUGCACACCCAUGGAGAGGCUGGAGGAGUGCUGGAGAGAAAUGGAGCUGAUGGUGAGUGAGGGGAGGCACUGCGAUCACAUUGCACACACAAGCACAACCAUGCAGAUAUAACACUGAAACUGAACGCCAAGACAGAGGUGUCUGCCAUGCUGCGUUCCCACAACCAGACUGUCACAGCUAGAUCAUUAACUUGGCUACUAAAGUAUAACAUCCAGCUCUCCUGACCUUGUGGACUUCUUGUGUUUAAAUGCUUUAAACCCAUUUAAUUUGUUUUAAUGUUUAAGUCUUUCUUCGCAUAUCCGUAUGCUUAGCAAUAGAAUGCUCUCUGUCUGUUCUAAAACAUUACACAGUAUGGAAAGGGAUUCAGAAGCAAAAAGCAAAACCAAAAAGAGUUCUCCCAGGCUGUUUCCCUGCGACUGUUGUGACAUUACCAUGUGUCUCUAAUUAGAGCCAGGGUGCCGUUCGGGGUUUCUGAUUUCAACAGGCCCCAGGGUGCUGCUUGUCAAGAACCUGAGGGGUUUUCUAACAGACAGAAGCUGCUUCCGAUCCUAAUUUAAGCUUUGCUUUUAUACGUGAUUCCAUUUAGCGCAUUCGUUGCCAUUUAUUUUGGCUAUUGCAGAUGACAGCUACCAGCGCUAAUUGAAAGUGGCUGAGAAAGCA